UGUUUAUGAUAUUAAACAGUCACACGAAAUACAAAAUAAAGCUGAUGCUCUUAUACUAUGAGAUAAUAAAAUAGAUGUAAUGGAUUCAAAUGAUUUCUUUUUUACUACCAAUUCUAAUGUAAAUUUUAUGGAAACUUUAGAUGAUAUAACAAAUCAAUAUGGAUUGGGCUUAAUUAAUCAUUUGGGUUCUCAUCUAAUAGCCUUGGGACAUUUUAUUGUAUUGAAACUAGCUCUUAAAAAUUAUAAAUAUUAUUUUGAAGAAAAAAAUAUCAAAUUUUUUAGUUGGCAAAAAAUUUUAGAGUUCUCCAUGUCUGAUAGAUUUAAAGUUCUUGACAUGAUGUGUAACCAGAACUCUGUGUACUAUUCCGAAAAAAAACGUAGAAAAACAUAUUUGAAGGUCGAUAGAUCAAAUGCAUCUAUGGAAUGUAAUAUAUUGGAAUAUCUAAUACAUUAUUUUAAUAAAUAUCAGUUAGAAAUAAUAAAAACUACCCAAGAUACUGAUUUUGAUUUACAUGGUAUGAUGGAACAUAAAUAUAUAAAAGAUUAUUUCUUUUCAUUUAUGUGUAAUGAUCCUAAAGAAUGUAUUAUUUAUCAUACGAACCAAUUUAAAAAAGAAGCCAACGAAGAAAAUACGUUUCCUGAACAAGACGAACCCAAUCGUGAAAUAAGUGCAUAUAAUUUAUAUUUAAAUUAUUAUUA